GGCAGCGACGAGACGAAUGGCACGGCAGAAACACACUAAAAAUGUGUUGUAAAGUUUCUCUCCCGCUCCCUCUCCAAUAAAAGGACAGCUCAAGAGAGCGGCCAUGGUUCUGAUCACCCACUAUAUAGAAAGAGACGAUCGACAGAGCUCGCCUUCGUCUCCUUCUUCCAGAGGGAGUGAGAGAGAGGUGAGUAAUUAGUGCAGUUAGUGAAGAAUAAUGGAUGAUGAUCGGGUUUCGAUUGGAGAGAGGCUGUUGGGGAGGAAGGAGGCUGUAGAUUCUGGGGAGUUGAGGUCAACGGGAGGCCGAAAAUCAGGCAGCAGCUGGCUUGGUGAUGGGUGGUGGGGAUCGGUGGCGGGGGAGUUGAGGAGGCAAGGCGCCAUAGCUCUGCCCAUGGUGUUCGUCAACAUGUUCCAGUUCCUGCUGCAGGUCAUCUCCCUCAUGAUGGUGGGUCACCUCGGCCGCCUCUCCCUCUCCAGCGCUUCCAUCUCCUCUUCCCUCUGCAACGUCACCGGCUACGUCGUCCUUCUUGGAAUGGCAAGUGCCUUGGAGACAUUAUGUGGGCAGGCCUUUGGGGCAGAACAGUACCAAAAGCUAGGACUCUACACACAAAAGGCUAUAGUAUCCCUGUUUCUGGUGUGCAUCCCCAUUACAUUAUUAUGGUUCUACAUGGAGAAGCUCCUCAUUUUGAUAGGGCAAGACCCUAAAAUUUCCUAUGAAGCAGGCAAGUAUGCUGUCUGCUUGAUCCCAGGACUUUUUGCUUCUGCACUUUUGCAGCCAAUGGUGAAGUUUCUGCAGUCACAGAGUUUGGUCCUGCCAUUGCUUGGUGCUUCUAUUGUUACCCUCUGCUUCCACAUUCCUGUGUGCUGGCUGUUGGUCUUUAAAUCUAGUGUAGGACACGUUGGAGCUGCCAUUGCUGUCAGUCUUUCCUAUUGGGUGAAUGUGGCUGCAUUGUCACUAUAUAUCAAAUUUGCACCUUCUUGUAAAAAGACAUAUACUCCCUUCUCAAUGGAGGCCCUUGCUGGGAUAUGCGAUUUUCUUGGUCUUGCAGUUCCCUCUGCAGUCAUGAUUUGUCUGGAGUACUGGUCAUUUGAAUUACUGAUAUUGCUUUCUGGGCUUCUGCCUAACCCUGAGCUGGAAGCUUCAGUGCUUUCUAUAUGUCUUUACAGCUUAUAUUUGGUUUAUUCUAUACCAUUUGGACUUGCUGCUGCUGCAAGCACUCGUGUUUCUAAUGAAUUAGGAGCUGGAUGUCCAAGAACAGCUCAGUUAGCAGUAUUUGUUGUUAUCUUGCUUGCAGUUAUAGACAUUUCAAUCGUAAGCACAACUAUCUAUGGUAUAAGGUACCUGUUGGGGUAUGCUUACAGCAGUGACAAAGAAGUCAUCCAAUAUGUUGCGAAAAUGGCGCCUUUAGUUUCCCUGUCAACAUGCAUGGAUGCCAUCCAAGGAGUGCUUUCAGGUGUUGCAAGGGGAUGUGGGUGGCAGGAUCUUGGUGCAUAUGUCAACCUUGGAUCAUUUUAUCUGUUGGGAAUCCCAGUCGCUUAUGUUUUAGGGUUCCAUUUUCAUUUUGGAGGAAUUGGACUCUGGAUUGGUAUACUGUGUGGUUCUACAGUACAAGCAAUCCUACUCUCUCUUAUAACAGGAUUUACUAAUUGGCAACGACAGGCUGACAAAGCAAGGGAUAGAGUGCUUGACAAGCCCAUACCUUUCAAUGAUGAAGCUGCUUGAAGUUGCUGCAGUUGAAUAUUGCACCCUCACAUGGCCGUAGGGCGCUUCCUUGAUAACAAAUUUGUGAUCCAUAAGUGAGAUUGAGGGAAUUUUGCAGGAGUCCAAACCAUUUAUACUUGUUAGGGAAGGAACAUAUAAUAUUCAGCCAGAUGGCAUACAAUCUAUUGGGUAUAUAACUCCAGUUUGUAUUUUUGCAAUCAUCAAUCCAAAUUGUCAUUUUCCUUGCUGUUUCAA